AUGUCUGACAUUCAAGAAGCCACUAACCAACUCUUGGAUGUUAACCUGGUUGAGAAACAAAGGUUUGUGCAAGUGACAGGAAGUGGCCACAGAAGAGAAUCUGAGCAUCUCAAAGUCACUGUUGGAGCCACCGUACCUACUGGCUUUGAGCAAACAGCUGCGGAUGAAGUUAUAGAGAAACUAGGGUCAUCAUGCAAAAUCAGCAAAGACCGUGGCAAGAUAUAUUUUGACAUUUCAGUGGAAAGUCUGGCUCAGGUUCAUUGUUUGCGAUCAGUUGAUAACUUAUUUGUGGUUGUUAAGGAGUUUAAAGAUUAUCAGUUCAAAGAAACAAAGGAAGAAGUUCUAAAGGAUUUUGAAGAUUUGGCUGGGAAACUCCCAUGGUCAGACCCUUUAAAAGUAUGGAAAAUUAACACCAGUUUCAAGAAAAAAAAAGCAAAGCACAAAAAAUCAAAUCAGAAUUCAAGUAGAGAGAAGAUUAAUAAUGGACGAGGAGAAAAAAUAAAUGAGAGAGAUGUUAAAAAAGAGUUCACUAGCAAUGCCUUAGAUCCACAUAUCUUAGACUAUUAUGAAAAUCCAGCCAUUAAAGAGGAGAUAUCAACUUUAGUAGGUGAUGAUUUGGCAUCUUCCAAAGAAGAUGAGACUGAUGAAAGCUCAAAAGAAGAAACUGACCAUCAGACACUAAAGUUUAGAGUCACAUGCAGUAGGGCUGGGGAGAAACACUGCUUUACCUCAAAUGAAGCUGCAAGAGAUUUUGGGGGUGCUGUUCAAGAUCAUUUUAAGUGGAAGGCUGACAUGACCAACUUUGAUGUGGAGGUUCUUUUGAAUAUCCAUGAUAAUGAAAUAGUUGUGGGCAUUGCAUUGACAGAAGAGAGUCUCCACCGAAGAAAUAUCACGCAUUUUGGACCCACAACUCUUAGAUCUACUCUUGCCUAUGGGAUGCUGAGGCUCUGUGCUCCUCUACCUUCUGAUAUAAUAGUUGAUCCAAUGUGUGGAACAGGGGCAAUACCAAUAGAGGGGGCUACUGAGUGGGCUAACUGUUACCAUAUCGCUGGUGACAACAAUCCAUUGGCUGUGAAUAGAGCAGCAAAUAACAUCUCGUCUUUACUGACCAAGAACCAAAUUCAAGAAAGCAAACCAUCCUGGGGCCUACCGAUAGAUACUGUUCAGUGGGAUAUCUGCAAUUUGCCAUUAAGAACAGGCUCUGUGGAUAUUAUUGUAACAGAUAUGCCAUUUGGAAAAAGGAUGGGCUCCAAGAAGAGAAACUGGAACCUUUACCCAGCUUGCCUACGGGAGAUGAGCCGCAUCUGUAGACCCGGAACAGGCCGAGCUGUACUACUCACUCAGGACAAGAAAUGCUUUGCCAAGGCAUUAUCCGGAAUGGGACAUGUGUGGCGGAAGGUGCAUACUGUCUGGGUGAACAUAGGGGGUCUUCAUGCUGCAGUUUAUCUUCUGAAGCGUACCCCUCAGGCUUUUGUUCAUCCUUCAGCACAUGGAGAAACAGGAACCCCCUGGUAA